AUGCCUCGCAUGCGGGCUGGGUGGCUCGCGGUGGCGCCAAGCAUUCAAGCUUUCCUAUGUGUGAGGGCAGAAGCUUGGUGCCGCCAGAGUGAGCAAGCAAGAGUCGCGAACAUGCGCCGAGGGAAAGGCAAUCACAGCGUCUGGCACACUGGCACCGAGCCUGCCCUCGCAACUGCGCGCAGCCGGCACCCUCAAUCGCCCUGCACAAUGCACGGGAUGGUAGUCAACGGCAGUCAGCCCUCCGUCAUCAGCGCAUCACCCUCGGCCGGUGAAUGCGACGGCCAAUCUCUGCUCGCAGUCGCGCGCCGAUGA